GUGGCUAACCAAGUAAAGUGAAGCAACACAUUCAUUUGGAUCCGGGGGGUUGCUACUGCAUGCUUCCCUUUGUUCCCUGUAAAAGUACAUAUUAAACUAGCUUUCAGGUGAAAUUAUAAUGGGCCAAAAUGGUACUGCAACCAGUGGCCGCGGCCUAACUGGGAUGCAAAUCGUGUCUACCAUUCGUAUGGUGGCGAAGAUGCACGAAAAAUGCGACUGCGAAUGCUCAGCCGCGAAUAAUCCUGUUGUGCUGAACGAAAAUUGGUGUGCUCACACACAGUCUCCUCGAACUGGAGUAGCGGCACGGUUUUCUCAGCUCCCCAAGGAAGCAUACACGGAGAGGGCUGUGCAUCGCUUUAUGAUUGAAGGCGAAGAAGUGGAGGUGUGUGAAUAUGCACCUAAAGUUUUUUGCCUAAUUAGAAAUAUAAAUUGUAUAAAAAGCAAAAAAUUUAUUGAUGAGUGGACCUUUUCCGCUGGACACACUAAGAUGAAACUAAGCGCUGGUCGUUCGAAGGCUUUUUUCAUCAGCUCGAAGAAUUUGCUUUUUUUAUCUAAGACUAUCGCAAAAGAGGAGUCAGAGGUCCUAGCUGACAUCCUCGAGUCCUACACUCAGUAUCUUUUAACUCAUCCUAAUUCACUCCUUUCGCGCUUCUACAUGCUACUUAAUAUGCGGGUAGGUAAGAAAGUGGGUUAUAUUCUGUGCAAUUCUGACGUAUUUGCGAAUGCAGCGACAUUAGAUGAGAAGUGGGAUAUCAAGGGGCGCAUGCCGAAGCUGGGAAAGUUCUUCUAUAUACCCCAUUUGGUGCCUCACACCUAUGAUCCAAAUCAGACUGAGGUGGUUGUACAUGCGACCGAGAAACGAAUUAACGAUGCACUUAAUAUCGCACGAAGCGGGGCUGCAUGCAAGCAGGAAGUGGCCACGAAACACGAUAAGGAUCUAACGCGAAUGUUUUGGAUUAAGAGAGGACGUCGUGAACAAUUCAUUAGACAGCUUCUCUCAGAUUAUGCGUACUUGGCAUCUGAAAAUCUUAUGGACUAUUCCUUGCUCAUUGGUGUGGCGAGUAAUGGCUGCAAUUCUUCGAUCUCAGGUAAUGAGGAUGCUUCCUGUGAAGGUUCUUCACAGAUGCAAGCGAGGCCACUGAGUGCUCAUCUCUCGCAGGUUGGACCCUUUGCUUUUCGAAGCCAAGAUUCACUAAGUGAACGUAGCAGGCAGUGUUUAGUGUCUAUGUACGAGAAGGGCAUCCCUAGUGUUCUGGAUCAAGAGGUUUACUAUAUUGGUAUUAUUGACGUUCUCACAAGGUAUACCGUCAAAAAGAAACUUGCUAACUUUUGCAAAUCCUUUUUAUGGGCUCAAAGAACUUUAUCAACUAUUCCUCCAAAGCGGUAUCAACGUCGCAUAAACAAAUAUACACAGAUAAUAUUUCCCAAAGUUUGCUAAUUCAAAUUAGAAUUAUAUAAAUAAGCGAGAGAAUGAACAAACGCAAGAAUAGUAACUCUGUAGGAAUCGGUGGAUUAGUACUAUUUUGUUCAAAUGAGUACAUCUAGUGUUAUAUAUUUACAA